UUAUCGCGGGCAAAGAAGUACCCAAUUAAAUUACAGAUGUCAUUCUAUCAUAGAAUUCCAUUUAAAAUGUAAACAUAACCUAAUAUUGUACCAUGUGUCUUAAAUGAUACGGUGAAUGUACACUCGUUAACAUUUAUUUCAGGGUGAAUUAAUAUUAAACAAUUAAUUAUGUCUCGAUUAAUAGUAAAAAAUUUACCAAAAAAUGUUACGGAAUCUAAAUUAAGAGAACUCUUUAGUGAAAAAGGUCUUGUAACCGACGUACAAUUGAAAUAUACAAAAGAUGGAAAAUUUAGGCAUUUUUGUUUUAUUGGAUUUAAAACAGAAGAAGAGGCAUUAAAAGCACGCGAAUAUUUUGAUAAAACUUGUAUCGAUACGUGCAGAAUAUCUGUUGAUCAGUGUGCUGGUUUAGGUGAUGCAUCGAAACCAAAAUCCUGGAGUAAAUAUGCCACAGAUAGUUCUCAUAACAAGCAGCUAAACGAUAAAACCAAAAUUAACACAAAUGAUGGAGAUGACAAAACAGUAAAUAAUAAUGAAAAUGAAGAUUUUAAGGUGACAAAAACGAAAAAAAAGAAUAGUAAAGAAGGUCAAUCUACAGAAGUUAAAGAGGCAAUUGCAAAGCACAAAGAUGACCCAUUGUUUAUGGAAUUUCUUGAAAGUCAUGCAGCAGCAGGUUCAAAAAAAGUUUGGAUUAAUGAUGCUAUAAUCGAUACCAUAGCAAACCAAGAUGAUAACAAAGAAAAUAAUGAGAGUGAUGAUUCUGCACACAAAAGUGAUGAAGAAAAAGAGGAAGAAGAAAAAAGUGAAAAGGAAAAAUUAGCAAAUAAAGUUAUAUCAGAUUUAGAAUAUAUGGAAGCAUUAAAGAAGAAAACACAACUUACUAAUAAGGAAGAAGUGUCUAUAACAAAGCAUGGUCCUGUAAAAUUUUUUACAAUAAAAUUACGAGGAUUAGCAUAUAAUCACAAAAAGAAACACAUAAAGCAAUUUCUUCAACCUUUAAAACCAAAAUCUAUACGUAUACCACCUAAAAUCAAAGGGAUAGCCUACAUUGGAUUCAAAACAGAACAACAUAUGAGAAAGGCAUUAUUAAAAAAUAAAAGCUUCUUAGAUGGAAGACAGAUAUUUUUGACGAGGUAUGAGGAAAACUUAGAAACUAAGGAAGAUCAAAAUGUAGAAAUUAAUGACUGUAAUGUUAAAUGGAAAAAGCAAGAAGAAUCAUUAAAAAAUGAAGAGAGUAUAGCAGAAUCUGGAAGAAUGUUUGUACGAAAUCUUACUUAUACUACAACAGAGGAUGACAUCAGAAAAUUAUUUGAAAAAUAUGGUCCAUUAACUGAAGUUAACUUACCUGUGGAUCGAACUACUAGAAAACCAAAAGGUUUUGGUACAGUAACGUUUUUAAUGCCUGAACAUGCUAUUAGAGCUUAUUCUGAAUUGGAUGGUUCUAUUCUAAAUGGUAGAAUGUUACAUUUACUUCCAGGCAAAACAAAAUCCUCUUUAAUGGAUCAUCUUGAUCAAGAAAAUUUAUCUUAUAAGCAAAAGAAAGAUUUAAAAAAUAAAAUUACUGCAAAUUCAUCUCACAAUUGGAAUACAUUAUUUCUGGGACAAAAUGCCAUUGCAGAAGCAAUAGCAGCUACAUACAAUACAAGUAAAGAACAUGUACUGGAAGAUGAAUCAAAAAGCAUGAGUGCUGCUGUCAAAUUAGCAUUGGGCGAAACACAACUAGUUCAGGAGACAAGAAAAUUUUUGGAAGAAAAUGAAGUUUGUUUGGACGCAUUUAAUCAACCACCAGAAAAAAGAUCAAAAACCAUUAUUCUCGUGAAAAAUUUGCCAGCUGGUACAUUAGCUAAGGAUAUUUACAACAUGUUUGCUCAACAUGGAGAACUUGGAAGAGUUGUUAUGCCACCAUCAGGAAUAACAGCCUUAUUGGAAUUUUUAGAACCAUCAGAAGCACGUAAAGCAUUUACAAAACUGGCAUAUACGAAAUUCAAACAUUUACCGCUAUAUUUAGAAUGGGCACCAGAUAAUAGCUUCACAAAUAAACUUAGUCAAUCAGAUAAAAAUAAAAGUAAAAAUGAUUUAAAAAAUAAAUUGGAAGAAGCACCUGUAGAAACGAAAAAAGUAGAAAAAGAAGAUGAAUUAAAUAAAAAACAAUUAGAUAAAGACAAAGAAACAGAGACUGAAAAUGACGAUGAGCCGGAGCCAGAUACAACUAUUUUUGUAAAAAAUCUAAACUUUUCAACUUCAGAAAAUACAUUGAAAGAGUAUUUUUCUAAAUGUGGCCCUAUUCAUUAUGCCAUGAUAGCAACUAAAAAAGAUAUAAAAAAUCCUGGUACAAAAUUGUCCAUGGGCUAUGGUUUUGUAAGAUAUAAAUACAAGUUUGAUGCAGAUCGUGCUUUGAAAACAUUACAAAUGACAGUACUUGAUGGUAAAACUUUGGAAUUAAAAAGAUCCGAGAGAAUACUGACAUCCGAAGUUAAAACUACAAAAAAAUCAUCCAAAGUAACACCACAAACGGGAACAAAAAUCUUAGUUAGAAAUAUACCUUUCCAAGCAACACUCCAGGAAAUGACAGAAUUAUUUAAAGCAUUUGGCGAAUUAAAAGCAGUAAGAUUACCAAAAAAAUUGGUUGGUGCUGAAAAACAUAGAGGAUUCGGUUUUGUAGAGUAUUAUACAAAAAGCGAAGCGAAGAAAGCUUUCCAAGCGCUAUGUCAAAGUACUCAUUUAUACGGCCGAAGAUUAGUAUUAGAAUGGGCUCAAACAGAAGAAGGUAUUGAAGAAAUUAGAAAAAGAACUGCCAAACAUUUUCACGAAGAGAGUUCGUCGAAAAAAAGUAAAAAAUCAAUUUUGGAUCCUGAAAUGGUCGGAUUAGAAACGGAAUGAAUAAUUUCAUUCUAUUCAUCGAUAUGUGUAGUUUUGGAUGAUAUGAUAACCAGCCUAGAAGACAACAAGGUAUUCAUGGAAGACAGCCAGAAAGAAAUAUCUUCCUUUCACCUCUCCCAGUUGAAGUACGAGCAGGGACCUAUGCCGAUGGAAUGAAAAUGCGAAUCGACUGGUGGGGCCCCUCGUGUAUAUCGAAGGUGAUAGUGAUGGUUGGAGGCGGAGACGGCCCAUGAAAGUAACAGUGACUCUCUUCGACUCGUCCACCUUCCAACCGAUCGCAAGAAGACCUCGUCAGUUGUACAUUCUUCGUCCUGGAGAAUAGUAGUCGCGAAUUCUAUAUAAUACGUAUGUGUCCUUCGGUGUCAUCGACCAGAUACAAGGUCGCGUGUUGUGCUCAUCCAAAAAAUAGAUAAAUAAAUAAAUAAAUAAAUAAAUAGAUAAAUAAAUAAAUAAAUAAAUAAAUAAAUAGAUAAAUAAAUAGAUAAAGAGGCAUAGUGCGUUGGUACAACACGAUGUGCCUGACUUGAGCCGAACCCAGUCCUCGAAGAAACAUUACUAAAAAGAAAAAUUGUUAGCUUCAAGAGGAAGAAAGAUGGAUUGGGUAAGAUUAGAAAAUAAAGUUGAUUAAAAUAAAGACAGUUUCGUUUUCUCAUAAUAUUAAUAAUUUAUAAAUCAUUCAAUGACAACCACACACGAUCAAUCACGUCAAGGAACAUCAUCGUUUUACGUUUACGAGUGUUCCGAGAACAUUUUUUAAACGUGAAAUAUGCAAGAGUGAAAUACGUUUUAUGCUCUAUCGUAAAGUCCUGGUCUGUCUUACUAGAACUCUCUUCGUCUUAUUUCUCUCAGCAUGAAUUUCAUAAUUUCGCUUAAGCGAGUAGUAGAUUAUCACUGACGAUUAUGUACGCUUGUAUUCAGAUGAUUUCUACAAUUUCUCUUAUAAUAAAAGUAUAUAUAUAUAUUUGCCUGCUAAUGGAUGGUUUUUGCCAAUGAGAGAUUUUAUUACGUUCAUUUAAAUCUACUCGUAAUUCUUUUGUAAUUAAUUGUAAACACCGCAAGGGGCCUUUUCUUAUCCAGCAAAAUCCUCACGCUCGUUAACGCAAUCCUUUCUCAUCGCAACGUUUAAAUAUGUAAUUGUUAGUUGCCUGAGAACGGAAUUGUUAGACAUAAACUCUGGCUCCUCUAUCGAGACACAAAUCAAUUUUCUUUGAGAGAUUUCGAAGACGAAUUCGAAAAAUUCUAUAUUCGAUCCCUUUUGGAAGGGUUCAAUCUACGUACUCGUACAUAUAUACGUGUUGAUCGAAUGUGUACGAUCGACCGGCACUGUUAAAUUGGUGGGGAAAUUUACCGGUUAUUCAAGCUGUCCAAUGCUAUUCGCCUCGUUCGAAUUGCACUCCGCUUUAAGUUGCUCUACGACGACGCAUGCGAAGCAAAGAAGGAGCGAACGUGCCUCUGGCUAUUCGAUUGCAAAAUCGACAUGCCUGUAACGAUUCUCUCCCUCGCUAUAAACACAAAAUUCUCUUAUUUUUUUUCUUCUUAUACGGAGUUUCAAGAAAUCCAAUCGAAAUCGAACUCUUAGAGAAUAAAAAAUGAAUUGAACUCUUGGAGAAUAAGAAAAUUCGUAAGUAAUAAUCAUAAUGAUUAUGUAAAGAAAAUGCACAAUCUAAUUAAAAUCACGUGAAUGACAAUAAUUCGAUUUUAUUCUAAGAUAUUAAAAGGGAUCAAAAGAAAGAGAGAGGUAACGUUGGUUAGUUGCGAUAUCAUAUUUCCGGGGCUUGGCAGGUUUUCCACAGAGGCACGAUGUGCAAGGAACGCAAGCUGAAAAAAGUUCCCUCUUGCGAGGUAACAUUGAUUAGAACGAGAAAGUAAUUUUGCGCAACAUAUAAUUCAGGUUCUCCGUACUCGAGAUUUUGAGAGGUUUGGCUUUCGACAACAUUUCGCUUAUUUGGUAAUCGAUUAUUGGGGACUAAGGCGUACCUCCGACUAGAAACAUGGAAAAGAAAUUUCUUUUAUCUCGAAUUAAAUAAUGAAAUAUUUCUAAUGGUCUAAUCUAUCUAUAUGAGAAUUAGGAAGAUGAUAAUAUUGAAUUACUGUAAGAUCGUUGUAUUAAAAAAUUAAAGACGUAACGAUCUAAUAGAAUUCUAAUUUAUUUAGGAUAAUUAAGAUCAUUAAGUAUACUUAUCAAAUGAGCAAAAGAGAAGCUAACUUUUUACUAAUGAAAGAGAGAUGCAUCGAUGAUCGUACUCAGUAGUUUCACCGACUGUGACCUUCAAAUUUACCCAUGAUAUCUCAGUGACCUUCGCAAGUAUAGAAUGCACCAUCAACGAUCCGUUUCGCGAGGAAUGCGUGAAAGGAAAAAGGUGCGUCGUCGUGUUUUACUUAUCUCGAGACCAAAAGUUCGACCACGAAUGGUAACUGGAAAGGUAGAGAAAAAGUGGAAAAAAAAUGAAAAAAGAACGGUAAAAGAGAGAGAGAGAGAGAGUGAGAGAGAGAGAGAAAGAAAGAGAGAAGAAGGAUAAAAGAUGAAAAAUGUAAAUAACUACUUUAACGUGUGCGAGGACGGUCAGUGGCUGACCUUUCGAAUCGUCGAUCUUUCUCUCUCUAUAUCGAUCUUUCUCUUUUUCUAUUUCUCUCUCUCUAAAGAAAAAGAGACACACGUUUUAUACUAUGAGCUCAUUGCCAUUUCCUUUCUUUUUUUUCUCUCUUUCUCUUUUUUAUACGAAUUGUGUCAAGAAUCAUCAUCAAUUGAAAUCAUUUCUAUUUGUUAUUCGAAUGAAAUAUUUUAAUAUGAAAAUAGUAAGCGACAAUUAUUAUCUCAUUUUGGGUUGUGUAAUUAAAUUGCACUUGAUAUACAAUGAAAUAGCUUAAGAAUAGCUCAUAGGCUAUUCUUAAAAUUUUGAAAUUACACAUACAAAAAAAGAAUAAUCUUUCGGUAAUAAAAAAUAAUUUCUAUCGUUCCUUUUUUUUUAAAUUAAGAAAAAUAAUUUUUAAAUAAUACAAGCUCAAGUAUUAAAAUAUUAAAAAAUGAAAAAUAUAUGAAUGAUCAUCAGAUCAUUUUUACAAUCACCGAUUCAUAUAUUCUAGCCGAUAUAGAAAAUAUGUGUAUGUAUGUGUGUGUGUGUGUGUUCGUUAGAUACCUAACAAUAUUAUUUUCUUGUGUCUCUUCAAUUAUUAGAAUCUCGCUAACAGUAUUUACAAUUAAAAAAGAAUAUUUAAUUGGUGACACAAUCGCGUAAUUAAUUUCCUAUUAAAGAGAGCGAGAGUACGGCUUUGAGAGGCGAAUUCCAUGGAAAGUAAAAGUGAGCGAACUGGGCGAAGCACGUUGGAUUUAUCCCCCGGCGGCGAUAUACAGACUCGAUUUUACGUAUAUACAGUAUCAAGACGAGAGUGAAACGAUUCGCGAAAUGAAGGAUACCGUUAGUUUCGAGAUAGAAAAGAGAAAGACGAUAAAUUAACAUUCUUCGUGAAGUUUUUCACUAUCGGAACUACAUGACGGAAUAUCGAUUAGCAUAAUAAAAAUAUAUAAUUUAUCGUAAUAAAUGUGAAUAAGAAUUUUCUUGAGAGAGAGAAAAAAAAAUAAUGAUAAAUAAUCUCAAGUUCAAAAAAUUAUAGAAAACUAAACAAGAAGGAGAAUAUUAAAUUAAAAGAAAAUGAACCGGCUUGACGUAGUUCCUAUAAAUAAAAAAGAAAACACGUAUUCGUUGUUUUUAACGAUUCACCGUAGAUGAGAGAAGACCUUGAAAUAUAAAAUCUGGUUCUCCAAGAAUAUCGGCAACCAGCUCGAAAGGUCAAUGGGGUUGCUUUCGCAUUAUGAUAAUGAGCAUGAAUGCCGUCUUUCGAUUCUUUUCGUAUUAUAUUAUAUUUUUAAACACAUAUGAAAAAAAAAAAGAAUAAAUAAAAUAAAAAUAAAAAA